UACGUGCGGAAACGUCCUGCCUGCCACCAAUCAGUACAGGUGGUUGUGGUUCAUACGAAAACACCGUCUCCGUCUCCGCAUCCACCGCCGUACUAAUUUUUAGCCAAAGUUACCGUUUCCAUGACUUUACUGUGCCAGUAAAUUUAUAGUCAAUUAAACCAAACAUUCCGAAUUUAGACAAAGAUUUUUUGGUGUACAGACCGUCAAGUAGCCCAAUGGCUGGUUUAACAGAGGAGCGUUUGCGCGUGGUGGCGAUUAUUCACGCGCUCAAAGCUGUCGGUAUCCGCGUGAAAAACUGGAAGAACUUUCUAAAUGGAUAUUCAAACUGUGAACAAACUUUUAGUCAGGAGAGCGCGUCACAACGCUUUGCUUUUGGACGUGACAUGCUCUUGCUCCCACAACAUGAAAUGUCUGACAUGGGCGGUACAGUUCCUCAGUUUUUGGUGGAGGCCUGUGGGUAUCUGUCACAACAUCUGCAUACAGAGGGUCUUUUCAGGAAGACUGGAUCACUAAGUCGUAUUCGAGCUCUAAGGGCAGAUCUGGAGCAGGGAAAGCCAGUCUUCCUUCUCUCGCAUGCAGCCUUCCUGCAGCCCUGUGACGUUGCCUCUCUCAUCAAGCAGUUCCUGCGUGAGCUGCCAUCUCCACUCAUCCCUACAGACCUGCAGAUCCCUCUGAUUCAGGCCCAGGGGCUUGAGAUGACACAUGACCAGGAGGGAGCGAGAAAAAGAACAACUCUGCUCAUAACAGCUCUGUUUCCUUCAUCCCACGCACGUGCACUCAGAUACCUCUGCACCUUUCUGCGCCAAGUUGCAGAGAGAUGCAGUGAAAAUAGAAUGGAUGCUACCAGCCUGGCUGUUGUUAUUGCUCCUAACCUGCUUCAGUGUCCAGCACCACCUUGCAAACUCACUCUGGACACUGAGAAACAUUUAGACCAGCAGACAUCAGUGAUCAAAUCACUUAUUCUUCAUGCAGAUCGUAUUGGUGUUGUUCCAUCAUGUGUACUGGAGGCAUCAAAAACAACAGGAGGAGCCGAGGCACCCUCUCCUGCAGGUGGCGCUAUGUUUAGUAAGAGGACAGGACUCAGUGUUUACAGAAGUGUGAGACGACAACGGAGGCGAAGUGUUGGUGAAAUAUUCGUAGAUGCUUUUUCCAAAUUGAAGCCAUGUCGUACUCCCACUGGACCUCCAAUAGUCUUAGAUGUCACACCAGGAAAAGGUCAUUUGCGGUCUCUGCAUGACCUAAGAGAGGACACACCGACAACCAUCACCCAGCCACAAGAAUCUGCAAGCAGUCAUAGUCCCCUGGAAGAAAAGUGUAGUAAAGAAGAUCCCAUUCCCACCACUUCCAAGAAGAGAAACCACAUUAGAGAACAGCGGAAAUCGCUUAGGGCUCCAGCACAAGAAGAAAAUGUGCAUCAGAGAAAAAGAUCUCUCCGAUUUUUUGCUGUGUCCAGUGGCAACAACAGUAACCAUCUUUCAGUGACAUCAACACACAAAGACGCUGAAAACUGUGAAGAACACCAAAAACAGCCUGACUGUAAAAGUGGUUUACCACUUACAAAUGCUGAUGUAAAGAUACCACUUAUCCUCAUUGAUGGACCAGGAGGAGUUGUUGGGAAUGAGGUGGACUAUGACCCUGAUCUUCUCAACUGCAGUUUUGCAGAAAGCCCUAAUGACUGUCUGAACAUGGGAUUUGAGGUAUCUUGCAUUCAAAGACAGGACAGUGAGGAACCCUGUGAUGAUGAAUGUUGGACCGUGCUUGAAAAUGUGAACUUUGAGCAGUUAGGAGAAUGCAUGGUAAUACAAUCUGUCACUCAAAACAAAGGGUCUCCGAUAAAUGCAAGCACAGAAGUAGAGAAUGAGCCAGAGGUGAAGCAGCCUGAAGAGCAGCCGCGUAAAGAGUCCAAAAAAGUGAAGAAUUGCUCUAAGAACCGAUCUCAUCCUCGUAGAUCCAUAAGCCUACCUGAGGUGACGCUGGAGUCAUGUACUGAAGAGAUGCCUGAGUUGGAAAAGGAAGUUGGUAGAGCAGAAACUGAGAUGGAUAACAGGGUCUGGCCAAUGUUUGCAAGUCUGACCCUUUCAAAUGAGCAGGGAAAUGUAACCAUGGAGAAGAAGGUGGAUGUCAAAGAAAUGCAAGAGGCCAAAGUUAAAACUUUAAAGAAUUAUAAGCAAGAUAAGAUGGCAGAUUCAACUCUUGGGUUCAAAAGGCCCCAUCUGCGUCUGUCCAUGGCUGAGCGACUUAGGGGCUUUAGUGCUUUGACCUUGCUUCUUCGGACAUCACGGACAGCACCUCAGUUUCGGGAAAAACCACAGGAAUCCCUUCAAAGGGGACCCACACGUCUUCGGAGACAAGGUGCUCGACGGUUCGGUCGCUCUAUCAGUCACGAAGGAGUGUCAGAGAGACCACCAGAGCAGAGCCCUGUGGGAUCUCCACCAGCAAAUCAGGCUUUCAUAGGUAUACGUGACACUAGCCCUGAUUCAGGUGUGGAGUCGGUCGAUCAUGAGCCGAUUACUGAUUUUAAUCAUCAAGAGGUGUGCAAGAUGUCACAAAGUUCCCCUAAUGUUCAGCUGACAAAUGAUGUGGAAGUGUAUCCAGUUUUGCCCACAACAGACAAAACUGAAAAUCAGUUUCUCUGCAGGCAAACAGAGCAGGAUGACGAGGAACUUGAUCUUCUUAAACUAUUGGAUCAGAAGUGCCACAUUGGUGGUCAUGAGCAAGACGAUCAUCAAGAUUCAAAUGUUCCUGCAGAAGUUCUUACACCUGGUCUUGCAUCUCCAAUGUUCUUCCAGCAGAUGGUGCCAUUGAAUCUCUUCAAAGACACAAGCUCAGUCGAAGACUUCAAAACGGAUCAAGUCUCUCUGAAUGAAAGUGACAAGGAAACCCCCUCAUGGCUGAAUGCCAGUCCUCCAUUUGGGUUUCCACCUUUUGCUGCUUUGUCACUUGAUGGUGUGAUUUCUGAAGAUGACUCCAGUAAAAGGGUGCCUUGCAAUCUGUCCCCUUCAGCCUUUCAGUUCAGGCGUCCGACCGCAAGGAGGCACUACAGAGACUCUCCCCGCUGGCCCUGGCAUGAGGUGCGAAUGUCUGCUUGGAACCCGUUGCCACUUUAAAAGUUUAGUUCUUUAAUUUUUAUUGGUUAAAUAAAUAUCAGUUCCCAAUGACUGGGAUCUGAAACUGGUUUGUGUAAUCAUUUA